AAUAAAAUAGAAUUUGUCACAAAAAUUGUCGAGAAAAACAACCAAUCAGGGUAAAGAACGAUCUAUUGGAAUAUAAACAAGGAAGAUAACGUUAGAAUAAUCAUAGUCGUGUGUCGUGUAACGUGUGUAAUGUUCGUACCCGCGUACUUAACCUGUUGCUCUAAGAGUUUCGGAUUUCCUUGAACCUCACUUGGUUAUUAAUUUAUUUUAAUUUAUUUUUUCGUAAUUAAUAUCGUGAUGUGCCUUUUGCGUUAUUAUUUAACUAUUUCGCAUAAUUCGAUAGUUCGAGCAUUCAUUUCACGGAACUUUUUAUCAUUGUUUUUCAAGUAUCAAUUGUCAUGAUUGAUCAAUUUACAAUUCGUAUAAUUUAAUUUAGUAAUAAAUUUAAUUAACGUAUUUAAUUAUCAAUUAUCAAUGUAAAUAUUUAUAUUCUAAAAAAAAAACUACAUAUAUAUUCAAUACACGUGUACGCAAGCAUACGUGAAGGAGGGAAAAUAAAUUGUACAUACGAAAUUUUAAUCUUGAUUCUGUCGAAAAUAAAAAUUUAUCUUUGCAAAUUAAUGCAUCCUGUAAAGAGCAACAUGUUUCUUGUAUGUGUAACCAUGGGCCUUGUACUUUUGGCCUCUAAAUACCACAAAAAUGUUUUCCAAAGCGUUAAACAUCUUUGUCAAUGUAUGAAAAAUAAAAAUUGUAAGCAAGGUGAUAAUAAGAAAAAAGAUCUUAAAAUCUCAUUGGACAAAAUUAUUUUGGCCGAUACUCCAGAAAAAUGUGAUUACGCUAUUCAACGUAUUCACUGGAAUUACUAGCUAAUAAACAUAUUCUUAAAGUAGGAGUUGCUUCAUAUGAGGAUGGGCAAAAGAUAUUAGCAGAUUAUGGAUGUAAAGUUAGCAGUACCAUUGAUUUAAGAACAUUAGCAGCACGCGUGGAUUUACCAAGUCCGAAAAGUUUAGCUGCAAUGAGUUUGCAAUAUUUAGAUUUGGAAAUAGAUAAAGUAAUGGAAAUAAGGUGUAGCGAUUGGAACGCUGCCACCCUUACUGACGAACAAGUGGCAUAUGCUGUUUGUGAUACAAUUGCAUCUGUUCUUAUUUAUGACCAAAUCGUGCAAAAAAUAAAAGAGAAAUAUUCUUUGUGGGAAAUGUUAGUAAAUUGUAUAAAAAAUAUGUGUAGUAGAAACUUAAAUAUGCACUUUCACUGCCUACCUAGUGAUGUAAUUGAUGUGAGGUUUAAGGGCAAACAUGAACACACAACUAUUAAUCAAAAAAACAAUGAAAACAAUUAUUUUGAUAAGAUUACUCAAAAUUUAAAGAUAAAUAACAAUAUACAUAAAAGUUAUGUACCUACAAGAAAGAAACCAUUAUAUCAUAAUUGUUACUUACAAGCACCAGAUGGAGAGAUAUUAUGUACAUGUGAUCGUAAAAAAGCAGAAUGGUAUAUUACAAAAGGAUUAGGAGAAACAGUUGAAAAGGAACCAUUUACUGUGAGGUUGAAAUUUGAACCAUCUGGACGAGCUUUGGGAGAGGUUGGAAAGUAUUAUACACAAGUAAAAGUCAAUCAAUGUGUAGUUUGUGGGAAGUCAGACAUGUUUACUAGAAAAAAUGUCGUACCUCGAGAAUAUCGGGUGAUGAAAGCUCAUCAGUCUCACGAUAUAUUAUUAUUAUGUCCAUCCUGCCAUGAAAUAAGUAAUUAUUAUGAUCAGCAAUUCAGAAGAAAACUAGCAGAUAUGUGUGAUGCACCUUUAGCUGGUCCAUUAACGCAUGUACGUAGUAAACAUGUAAAUGAUUCAAGGAAAUUACAUUCAGCUGUUAAAGCUCUAAAAGAAAGAACAACUUUACCUGAAUCACGACGCAAAGAUUUAGAACAUUAUAUUUUAGAAUGCACAAAAGAGAAGCAAAUCACUUCAACUCUACUUGAUGUAUUAAGUAAAGAAUUAGAAAAAAAAAUUUCAGUACCUAAUUAUGACCAGUCUAAAUGCCAACCUCACGGUUUAAAGGUUGUUCAAUAUUUUCAUGAAAGGGAAGGAGGAUUGGUAGAAUUAGAACGUAUGUGGAGAGAACAUUUUCUUCUGACUAUGAAGCCAAAAUAUCUACCAAAUUUAUGGUCUAUUCAUCAUAAUCAAGAGAGAUUAACUAUUCGUCAAUCAGAGAAUAGAAUUAAACCAGAAGAUGCAAAAGUAGCUGGUUUGGCAUAUUGAAUUUUAUAUAUUACGUACCUAAGGACUCGUAUAAGAGCGAGUACUUGUAUUAGAAGACUGUUACAUAAAUUAUGUGCAUAUAUUUAUAUAUACAAGCAUAUACAUAUUUAUAUAUUUAUACACAUGUACAUAAGAAUCAACCUAUUAUAAGUGAGAUUAUUUGCAAUUUGUACAAACUGCUUUAAUUUAUUAAAAAAACAGAGACUUGUGAUACUUUAAACAAUGUUUUCUUUUAUUUCAACACUUUAAUCAGUAUUAAAGUAUAAGUAUACCAAUUUUAUCAACUGAUGUUCCAUGUUAUUUAUUGGUGACUAAAAUGCUAUUACAUUCAUAUAUACAGACUUCAAAGAUAUGUCAAUUAAAUUUAGACUAUAAAAAUGUAUUAUAGUUGUUUUGAAGCAUUCUGUUGCCUGGAAUUUCUGUUUGGAGGAGGAGUCUUCAUAGUUUUUAACUCUUCAUCAAUACGUUCUUUAGCACGCACAAUUUUUGACUGAAUAUAAAAAGAACCACCUUUUGAUCUGUCAUUAACUUCCAUGAGGUACUUAUAAUUACGUUCAAUAACUUCUACUUGAUCCACUCGUUCAACGUUCAAAAUCUGCAGUGCUUCCUCUAAAGAAACACCGGUUUUAUAAUUUGCUGCAACAUGUUGUGCACCUCGUGCACCUGUUUUAUGUGCAGCAGCUUGACUUGCUGCAAUUUCUUGUCGUAAUGCCCGUGCAAAUGCUUUAACAACGACUUGUGUUCCCAUUAUAAUUAUUUGUACUAAGUGUUUUGCCAUAACCUCUUUUCUUAUUGAAAAUAAUUGCCAAAAUAAUUUUGAACGUACUAUUUUCUUUUUUUUGUGGUUUAACUUUGAGGGAAUAUUUAUACUAGAAUUCGUUUUUUACAAUAUUCAAAUAGCGAUACCACUGUUUCCGAAUUUUUAUGAUGAUUUCUUUAUAUAAUUUAUUUGUUGCACGUCUCAUACUUGUAUUACACCAUUUCAGAACGCGCCAUAGAUAUAGUUCAUUGUAUACAUAUGCGUGUUCCGUUAUUA